AUGCACAGACAAAAAUAUGAUGAAAAGUCAGAGAUGCUCUGCAAGAUUGGGUCAGUCUUUGCAAGAUUUCCAUCAAUAGCAGAAACUGAAGAUAAACUGCUCACCAAACUGUUCAAAGACUAUCAAAAAUGGGUGCGACCUGUAAAGUCUUCCAAUGACACGAUAGAAGUAAAGUUUGGAUUAAAAAUAUCACAGCUUGUGGAUGUUGAUGAGAAAAACCAGCUGAUGACAACAAACGUAUGGCUCCGACAGGAAUGGACAGACAACAAACUGCGCUGGAACCCUGACAAUCAUGGCGGAAUCACCUCAAUUCGAGUUCCAUCAGAGUCCAUAUGGCUACCCGACAUUGUACUGUAUGAAAAUGCUGAUGGACGUUUUGAAGGAACCUUGAUGACAAAAGCAACAGUGAAAUACAAUGGAAUUGUUACAUGGAUUCCACCAGCCAGCUACAAAAGUUCAUGCACUAUGGAUGUGACCUACUUUCCAUUUGACCAGCAAAACUGUUCCAUGAAGUUUGGCUCAUGGACGUAUGAUGGCAGCAUGGUGGAUCUUAUUCUGCUGGAUCAUAAUGUUGACAGAAAAGACUUUUUUGACAAUGGAGAAUGGGAAAUUCUAAUUGCUACUGGUACUAAGGGUAAUAGAAAAGAUGGUUUCUAUGCUUAUCCAUUUGUUACCUACUCAUUUGUGUUACGACGCCUGCCACUGUUUUAUACCCUUUUUCUGAUCAUCCCCUGUCUUGGGCUGUCCUUUUUGACAGUGCUUGUUUUUUAUUUGCCCUCAGAUGAAGGUGAAAAACUGUCUUUAUCUACAUCAGUCCUUGUAUCUCUCACUGUCUUCCUUCUAGUCAUUGAAGAGAUAAUCCCAUCUUCAUCCAAAGUCAUACCCCUAAUUGGCGAAUAUUUGUUGUUUAUCAUGAUCUUUGUGACAUUAUCCAUAAUAGUUACUGUUUUUGUAAUAAAUGUGCACCAUCGCUCAUCAACAACCUACCACCCAAUGGCCCCUUGGGUUAAAAGGCUCUUUCUUCAAAGGCUUCCUAAACUGCUGUGUAUGAAAGAGCACACUGAUCACUCUUCCUGCCAAGAUAUAGACUUAAACAGUCCAAGUCUACAACCUGAAUCUUCAGUAGAACAAACAGAGGAUUCUGCCAGUCAGGAAGAAAAUGAAGUAAGCUUCAUGGAAAAGGCUGUAGAUUCCAUAAGGUAUAUAUCUGGACACAUCCAAAAGGAGCACUUCAUGAGACAGGAACAUAUUAGAAAAUCUCUGACUAGUAAAGGACAUAAGAGAUUAAGUAAAAAGGAGAAUCUAUCAGUGUUUGUACUGAAAAUUUUAGGAGAGAGAGAAGAUGUGCAUGACAGAAAAUUAACUCAUGAGCUUGAAAGCAAGAUCAUGAUUUGUAGAAGUAGUCUUGGUGGUAGAGCUUGGAGCACUACUGUGGUGACACCAGUAUGCUCUGGGUCAAGACCUCAUGCUGAUGUUAGCACUUCUACAGGGCCUGAUGAUGAUGCCAAAGCACAGACUGAGUCAUAG